AGCACGAAUCAAACUCUCUCACUUUGGAGUAGGAGAACAGCUUCAGCAGUCCUGCAGCCAACACGCUGCUCUCUUUGCGCCUCUUGUUUAACAUAAACUAAAACAGAUGGAAUAAUGUUUGCUUGAGAUAACAUUUUUUUUCAGCGCUGGAAGGAGGAAAGUUAAGAGUUGCUUAGUUUUUGGACUAAAGUCAGGUGCUGAUUUAACAACCAGAAGACAAACUGCAUGCACACAGUCUUACCUGGGCAUUAUGAAGAGGUAUCCAGGCUAUUUUCAUUCAUGGGAGAGGAUGCCUUCUUGUUGAACUUUUGCAGGGUAAUCGCAAAUAGUGUUUAAUUUGAUCUUAUAGAACUUUGCUGCCGUAAAAACUGUUACUCAGUCUGCAAUUUUACGCGGUACUUUCAAAAGUUUGCAUGCUCAAAAUGGACCGUUCAGGAUUCGCUGUUUUAAUUCUUUUGACUAUUGCGCUGGUGCAAAUUGGUGAAAGUAAAAAGGACACAACAGGUGGGAGGAAAGAGGGUGCGGGGGCCGGCCGGGCGGUCUGGGACCAGCAGCAGUCCCGAGAGAGGAGUCAAGGUCAGUCACCAAGAGGACCAAAGGGCAGUGCAUCCCCCGGACCAUCUGGUGAACCUUCUCCACCCUUAAGGACACUGGUCCGGUUACCCAGGGGAGCAUCCUCCAGCGGGGAUAGCAGGCUCAUGUCCGCAGCAGCGCCGGUUCAUUCGGCCAGCUCCUCCCGGGAAGAGCUCGUCUCUGCGCCGCGGGAUGGUGCGCAGCGCACCGCGAGGCAGCCCGGCAGCCAGCAGCACAGAACAAAAGUGAACCGCAGGCAAAGCAGCAAGCCCAGCUCUACCAGCACCAGGAGACUUACAGGGCCUAAUGUCUGCGGAGGUCAGCAGUGCUGCUCAGGCUGGGCUUUCGCCCCUGGAACGAAUCGCUGCAUAAAACCUGACUGCCAGCCCCCCUGCAUGAACAGAGGCUCCUGCAGUCGCCCACAUACCUGUGUGUGCCGCUCCGGCUUCCAGGGGCCCCGCUGUGAGGAGGCGGCUCCGGAGCAGGUGUACAUCCGUGACGGAGGCAGCCUGAGGCGCAUUCAACCCGGAACCAACCCUUUCCAGAAAGACCAACCACGGAGAAGGCCCUCAGAAAGGCAGGCCAUUGAUACUUACAAGGUCCAGACCCCACGACCUGCGACCACCAGACAGACUGUCCACCCAGUGACCCAAGUGAGACGGGGACCCCCUGACUCCUCCCCUCAGCAGACCGGGACCUCCCGCACUGUGAAACGUUAUCCAUCAUCCUCUGGGCCAAUAACCUCCAAUGCUCUGCCCAACGGUAACGGCUACGCUAACGGCGACAACGCUGAGAACAGGAACUGGCACGGACACAGAAAUGGGCACGGCAGCGUGCACAGGCCUACCAAUGACAGACAGCUGCGCGGACAGUUCAACAAUGCAGUAUUACCUGCAGGGGCCAACCUUACCUCCAACCUGGACCGCAUCAAGAUUGUCUUCACACCCAUGCUGUGCCGCAGGGUGUGCAGCGGCGGGCGUUGCUACAACAGCUGUGAGAAGGGAGACAUCACCACAGUUUACAGUGAGAACUCGCAGCAGCAGCAAUCGCAGCAGCAAACGCAACAGCAGCCAAAGAGCCAGGGCUUCAGACUCUUCUUCUGUCAGAUACCCUGCCUAAAUGGAGGUCGGUGCAUCGGCAGGGACCAGUGCUGGUGUCCGUCAAACUCGACAGGGAAGUUUUGCCACCUGCCGGCCCCGCGUCCUACCAGACUCACCCCUCACAACAAGGAUGCCAAUCACCAGGGUCCAAAAUCUCCCUCCCACUCUAUGUACACUCUACCACUGUCCAAUCAACAACUGUCCCUCCACCCGUCUUUGGUGAAUGUCCACAUCCAGCACCCUCCAGAGGCAGAAGUCCACAUCCACCAAGUAGCUCGGGUCCAGCCUGGGCAGAGACUGGCCAGCACAGAGGGGGCUCACUCUGUCCAACAGCGCUCCCAGCCUGGGAAUGGGCACGAAACACACUCUAAUGGACAUGGAAAUGCAAAUGGGAAUGGGAAUGGGAACAGCCACGGCAGACCACAUAACCGACAGAACGGACAUGUGGGAAGAUGCUUUCAGGAAACAGUUGAUGGACAGUGUGGCAAGCCUCUGCCAGGACUUACCAAACAGGAUGAUUGCUGUGGAAGUGUGGGCGCCUCCUGGGGUCUUAACAAGUGCCAAAAGUGUCCAACCAAACCAGCUUAUGCAGUGAUUGCAAAUGGACAAGUGGAAUGUUCCAAAGGCUUUAAGAGGAUGAAUCUCACACACUGUCAAGACAUCAAUGAGUGCCUGCUGCCUGGUCUCUGUAAGAAUGCUGAAUGUCUCAACACCAAAGGAAGCUACAGGUGCACAUGUAAACCAGGCUUCAUGUUGGACGCUGCCAGAAGUCACUGUGUCUCGGACAAGGCUGUUUCCGACCAGAAGGCAUUCUGCUACAGAUCCCUGUCAGCAGGCACAUGCUCUCUGCCACUCACUCAACACAUCACCAAGCAGAUUUGCUGCUGCAGCCGUGUGGGAAAAGCCUGGGGCCCUAGCUGUGAUCGCUGUCCUCUGCCAGGAUCAGAUCAUUUCAAGGAGAUCUGCCCAGCCGGUCACGGAUACACCUACUCGCGCUCCGAUGUGCAGAUAUCCCUCAGACAGCUGGAGGAAGACGAUCUGCAGAGCACGAGAUUGUCAUGGGAGGAGCAGAGCCCUUCUUACCCCCAGCCGCCAUCCUCCGAACCCUCUCUGCUGUAUCCCAACAGACCCCAACGUCCAAGCUACCCGCAGACUCCACAAGUACCUCAAUACCCUCAGUACCCUGAGACACCGCAAGCACCCCAAUUCCCUCUGACUCCCUCUCACCCUGCCAGAGAGACACCUAAACAGCCUGAAGAUGUGGAAAUUCCGAGCCCGCCAGCUGUUGUGACUGACUCACCGCUGAAAGAUCCAGAGACUCCAGACUCCGACAUCAUCGACCAGAGGCCAGAUUCAGAGGACACAACCCGCACUGACUCAUCCAAAGAUAUUGACAAGUGUGCCACCACGCCCGCCAUAUGUGGCCAUGGGAAAUGUGUCCCUGUGCAGACUGGCUACACCUGCGACUGUGAUCCAGGAUUCAAGCUCAGUGCACUGCAGACCAACUGCAUAGAUGUGAACGAGUGUGAAGAGGGCCCAUGUGAAGGAAAAGGCCACUGUAUAAACAGCUAUGGUUCCUACACCUGUCAGUGCCACGUCGGCUACAGCCAGGUGAUCACCCAGAACAGGAAGUUCUGUCAAGACAUUAACGAGUGCAGCAUGCCCAACAAGUGCCAGAACGGCAAAUGCGUCAACACAGAGGGAUCUUACACCUGCGAAUGCGCCAGUGGCCACGCCAAGUCCUGGAGAGGCCAAUGUGAAGACGUAGAUGAGUGCAGAGAUCCGAGCUCCUGUCCCAAUGGUGUCUGUGUCAACACUCCCGGCUCCUUCCUGUGCCAGGCUUGCGGCCCGGGGUUCAGGCCCGUUGACGAGACAUGUGUGGAUAUAAAUGAGUGUUUGAACCAGACUGUGUGCAGUCGUGGAAGGUGUGUCAACACCGAAGGCUCCUAUAUGUGCAACUGUUUCCAGGGAUACAAACUCUCACCAGACAACUUUUGCAAGGAUGUGGAUGAGUGUGCUCUUCCUGGCGUCUGCCUCAACGGCCGCUGUGUCAAUGUGGACGGCACUCACGAAUGCACCUGUAACCAUGGUUACCAAGCCACCUUGGAUGGCAAAGCAUGUGAAGAUGUCAACGAGUGUGCAACUGCUAAUGCUUGCCCCGCGGGAAUCUGCAUCAACGCUGCGGGGUCCUUCACAUGCCAGAACUGCAGGCCUGGCUUUGAACCAUCUGCUGAUGGACUGAGAUGUGAAGAUGUUAAUGAGUGUGCCCAGGGUGACUUGUGUCUUGGUGGCGUGUGUGCCAACACGGAGGGAUCCUACACGUGUACUAGAUGUAAGACCGGCUACAGAGUGUCUCAAGACCGGAAGAGGUGUGAAGAUAUUGACGAGUGCCAGUCCCUGUCUACCUGUGCCAACGGCAUCUGUCUAAACUCAGAGGGCUCUUACACCUGUGAGAACUGCCCCACAGGGUACAGAGUAUCAUAUGAUGGAGAGCUCUGUGAAGAUAUUGAUGAGUGUGCGCUGCCCACUACAUGCCCCCAGGGAACAUGCACAAACACAGAAGGUUCCUUCACAUGUCUCAUCUGUCAACCUGGUUUCAAAGUCUCUCAGGAUGGACAGCAGUGUGAAGAUGUGGAUGAGUGCCUGGUGGCUAACAUGUGCCCAAGCCAGCUGUGCCUGAACACGGCAGGAUCUUACACCUGCAGGAGCUGCGGAUCAGGCAUGCAAGUGUCCGAGGAUGGUUACGGCUGCGAGGACAUAGACGAGUGCCAGACCCCAGGUGUGUGUCCUAAAGGUAUGUGCACCAACACUGAGGGCUCCUUCUCCUGCACAGUGUGUGACCCGGGCUUCAAGGUGGCACCCAACGGCUUCUCGUGUGAAGAUGUUAAUGAAUGUGAGGACAACAGCCUGUGUCUUGGAGGCCAAUGCAUGAACAACAUCGGCUCCUACAGCUGCUCCUGCCCCCCUGGUAUGGAGCUGGAGGAUGGGAGGUCCUGCAGAGAUAUCAAUGAGUGCCUAACCAUCGUUGGGAUCUGCGGAGAAGGAGACUGUCUGAACACUAAGGGCUCCUACUCAUGUGUCUGUCAUGAUGGAUACACCACCGUCGAAGGCAGGACUGUCUGCCAAGAUGUGGACGAAUGCAGCAAAGACAACGUAUGUGUUCAGGGUCAGUGUCUCAACACUGACGGCUCUUUCUUGUGCUUGUGUGAAGCUGGCUUCAAGUUUAACACUGACACGGCUGACUGUGAAGACCAGAAUGAAUGUAAGGACUUUGGCAGCUCAGUGUGUGGUACCUGGCGCUGUGAGAACACCAUCGGCUCCUAUCGGUGCUUCAUGGGCUGCCAGCCUGGGCUCGAGGGGGGAGACAACACUGACUGCGAUAUUGAUGAGUGUGUUAAUGAAACCAUCUGUGGGAACCACGGCUUCUGCGAGAACACAGACGGAUCGUUCCGCUGCCAGUGUGACCAAGGAUACACCAACCCGCCAGGAGAUAUGAGCAAAUGUGUUGACGUGAACGAGUGCGAGAUGAGCCUGGCGCUGUGCGGGGAGGCCCUGUGUGAGAACUUCGAUGGCAGCUUCCUGUGCAUCUGCCCCAACGACAAUGAGGAAUUUGAUCCCAUCACCAGCCAGUGCCGCUCCCUGGACAUCAACCCCAGCCCCGCUGCUAACGUUCCUCCAUCCAGUACCUCGUCUGAAGAGAGGAAAGAGUGUUACUAUAACUUAAACGACGCAAACUUCUGCGACAACGUCCUGUCUCGUAACACAACCAAGCAGGAGUGCUGCUGCACGGUGGGAGCAGGAUGGGGGGACAACUGUGAGAUCCACGCCUGCCCUGUCCCGAGAAGAGAUGAUUAUAACCAGUUGUGCCCUCACGGCAGUGGAUUAUUACCCCUUCAUGUUUCCUCUACACAGAGUCUGGGAGAACAGCGCCCUUACAUAGAUGCAAACGAGUGUGACAUGUUUGGACCAGACAUUUGUAAGAACGGACAGUGUUCAAAUCUCUUUUCUACCUACACCUGCUACUGCCGCUCCGGUUUUUACUAUGACAACAUCCGGCUGGAGUGUGUGGACUAUGAUGAGUGUGGAUUUGGAAAUGCCUGUGAGGACGGAGCGUGUGUGAACACAGCCGGCUCUUUCAACUGUUUCUGCAGUCCUCCAUUAGUCCUGGACAGCACACGGCGGCGCUGCAUAGGCCUCAACUCCACCGAAGAAACUCUGGAGCCUGAUAACGACGUGCACAUGGAGAUCUGCUGGCAGCGUCUGCAGGGAGACAACAUUUGCUCGGAGCCUCUUCAGGGCCGCAGAACUACAUACACCGAGUGCUGCUGUCUGUACGGCGUUGCAUGGAGUGGACAGUGUGCCUUCUGUCCCAUGAGAGACUCUGAGGACUACGCCAUAAUGUGCAACCUGCCUCGGAGGGGAGGAACAGACAGUCUACGAGAGCGGCCAGGAUACGAGUAUGGGUUAGAGGGGCCUGAGGAUCCUGUUCCUCCUUACUUUGACAGUUACGGCAGCCCUGAGAGUGUUCCGUUCUUCAACGACAAUGACUACAGUGUUCAACAGCCACCUGUCCGUGUCCCCAUUCAUCGACCACGGGAGCACAACCCAAGACCAGUGGAUCCAUAUUCUGAACGCUAUGAGGGCUUUGAGGGUCUCCGGGCAGAGGAAUGUGGAAUCCUGAACGGAUGUGAAAACGGCCGCUGCGUUCGUGUGCGAGAAGGCUACACCUGCGACUGCUUUGAUGGUUAUGAAUUUGACUCAAACAAGAUGGCCUGUAUAGACAUCAACGAGUGUGAGGACAUCAGCGACAAGGUGCCCUUGUGUGAAAACGGGCAGUGCACCAACACAGAAGGGUCCUACAAGUGCACCUGUUCGCCGGGCUUCGUGGCCUCUGCCAAACCGCACAAAUGCAUACCGGCCAUCCCAGAGCUGAGGCCCACGGAAACAGACAACUGAGAGACUGAGACUGUUGGAGUGCUGGCUUCUCCUGCAUCCAUUAAACAUCACCGUAACCCCCCCCCCCCCCCCCCCCCACACCCCCACCCCUCCCCUUGCCCUUCUCCUGAGGGCCUGGCAAUAAACCUCCAACAGUAACGCUGAGACGUCCAAACGUUUUUCCUUACAAACGCACAUAAAUACAAAAAGCACACACACAUGCAUUCAGAACAGAACACCCCCCCCCCCCCCCCCCCCCCCCCCCAUACACACCCAAGAGGACCAGGAAUUGUGCAGUGAAUGUAUUACAUGGGAUUUAGUAUUCACCAGAUAUCCAUUGCCUUAAAGGGAUUUUGUGGACUGAUCUUUUUUAUUCAGUAACCCCAGGCAAUUUGAUAUGCAGAUAUACUUUCCAUAUUAUUUUCUCUGUCACUUUUUUGUGUUGUUAUUUAUUUCAUUUACAUGACGGGCCUCUGCAAAAUGAGAAAGCAACGUAUUUCAGAGGGCUACUUGAUUCCUUUAUUAUGAGUCUCACAAAGAGACAGUGUGGGAAGAUCAUUGUUGUGUUUUUUUUUUUUUGUAGAAGAAGGAAUGUCAACCCAUAAAUCAGCUUGUGCUUCACAUGUCAAACCUCUGUCCAAUAUUUACCCCCACACCAUCAUUUGAACCAGCAUUGGCCUUGGACUGAGUCGAUGCCAGAGCUGACAAAAACAAAACAAAAAAUCAAGAAAUUGUACGACAAAGAUUUUUGCUCUCCGUUCUUCAAGAUCAACUACGGGCUGAACUGAAGAAUCUUUGGACCCAGAUCACGGAGGUCACACGCCAAAACUUACACAUCAAACAUUUGAACAUGGACCUGGAAAAGACUGUAGAUGUAUAUUAUGGUUUCUGUUAUGUUAUAAAGAAAAAAGGUGCAAUAGGUAAAACCUGCCUUCCUGUGUUUGACAACAGUUUACAAUCACAACAACCCUGCUCAUUUUGAACUGUAUUCAUUUGUUUCCUACUCUUUAACAAACACAUAUAAACCAUGACUUUUCAAAGUUUGAUUCUAGGUUCUAACCUAACCUCUUAAACAGUAAGGUAAGUUUAAUUAUCCACAAAUAUUACAGCUUAAAGUGACAGAUUGGUUUUAUGGGCCAUUGUUACACAGGCCCUGCAUGUCUCUCAUCAGACCAUUCCCAUGUCUGCAUCGCCAGAUGGAGCGUUACACGAAGGCUUUGUUGGAGAGCUUUGGUAUAUUUUGUACAGAUCUAGUACUAUGUAUUAUUUUUGUUACAUAUUCUCUUAAUGCAUUAUAGCACAAACAAUAUUUCUUUGACAUAAAAGCAUACAAUGUAAGACAAAUCUGGCAUUAUAGCUUUGUAGAUUUAUACAUGUCUGUACAAAUGUUUUUUUUUUUUUUUAUGUGUGAGGAGAGUGGCUGACACUGUACCAGAGGAACUGUGUGUGUAUACCCUGCCCUGUGGAGCAGACAAUGAAAUAUAUUUUUUUGGAAGUGGCAGCACUGUUCUAAUCACAGAUAUUUUUGUCUCUUCGUUACAAAGACAAUGCUUUUCAAAUGCAAGCACCGGCGUCUGUACAUCACAAGUUUGAAUUUGAAACAUUACUUCUUUUAGCCGCUGUUGGAUUCUAUUUUAUGAAUGUACCGUAGACAAUAUCAGCAUAAUCAUUUGGUUUAUGAACUCUGCUCGCACCUUUUUGUCUUUUAUAAUCAGGUUAAAGAAAACAACGGCAUUAUGGACUGAACUUCUCUCAAGAAAUCGUAGUAGUGCAGGACCAUAAAGUCUACUUGAAUAAAGUUAGACGUGUGUCCAUAUCUCGCAUUCAUAACCUAUUAAUUCAAAGCUGUAAAAAUGUUUCCACUUUAAGUUGACUGUUCCUGUUCACAUCAUCACCUUAAGCGGACCAGAAGUCGGACGUUUAGAUCAAAGUUGAAAUAUUUAAAAGCCUUACCAUUUCACGAAUAACUUGAGAUAAAGGUCUCGUUGUAAAGCUGUGGUCAUUUAAAAUAUCUUGCUCAUUCAUUAUGUUUACCUCUUGACUGUAAUCUCUAUCAGUCAUUAAAAUAAAAAUGUAAAAAACA